AUGCGCGCACCAGUUACGUGAAGAGGCAUGAUGGCUGAAACAAGUGUGCUGGUGUCACUUGUGGAGGAAUUUGUCUCCGGAUUGCAAGACAGUAAAGCCAAAGAUACAGCUGCAGGUCUCAAAAAUGGAGAGUUUACUAUUCUGCAGUUAGUGGAUGCAUUGGGACUGAGUCUGACCAGCACUCAGCCUCAAACUCGAGCCAGAGGAAUCAAGCUGCUCUCUGAAGUGUUAGAAGAUGUAGACCUCACUAAGAAAGAAGUUGAAGUUCUUAAAGCGUUUUAUGAGAACCGGCUGGGCGACGAUCACAUAACCACACCGCCUGUCUUGCAGGGGCUCAGAAUACUUAUACAAAGCCCAAGAUUGCCUCCUGGUGCAGCAGUUUCCAUAUUGAAGUCUAUCUUCCAUAAUGUUUAUGUUCGGUCGCUGCUGCUGGCUGACCGAGUGGCUCUCUCUAAGAUGCUCCUUAACGUCAUGGACACCAGAGAGGCUGAACUGAAAGAUUUUGGAGCAGACUUUGUUUUUGGAUUCAUCCAGUCGAUAGAUGGGGAGAGUGACCCUCGCAAUAUUCUCUUAGCCUUCCAAAUUGCCAAGAAGAUCAUCCACAGAGGUUACAGUCUGGGUCACUAUACAGAGGAUCUUUUCGAUGUGACGUCCUGCUAUUUCCCCGUUGACUUUACUCCGCCCCCCAACGACCCUCGUGGUAUCACCAGAGAGGAACUGGUCCAAGAACUGAGGCAAGUCCUCACAGGAACUCCUAAAUUUGCUCAGUUUCUGUUGCCCCUCAUCAUUGAAAAGCUGGACUCGGAUGUUCAGAGCGCAAAGUUGGACUCUCUUCAGACCUUGGCUGCUGGUGUUGCAACGUAUGAACACGAAGAUUUGGCAGAAUUCCUCGAGGGACUGUGGGCGUCUUUGCGCAGAGAGGUGUUCCAAACCUCAAGUGAAAAAAUUGAGUCGGCAGGCCUCGCUGCUCUUACCGCCAUCACCUCCUGUCUUUCUCGCUCGAUUGUUAAGUCGGAUUCUGAAGACGCCCUCAGCACUUUCUUGGAUAUGGUUCUGAAAGACUGCAAGCAUCAUCUGAGCGAGCCGGACCUGAAGCUAAUGUGGCCCAGCGCUAAGCUACUCCAGGCUGCUUGCAGCGCUUCCAACAGGGCGAGUCACAUGAUCGUCGCGGCAGUCAUGCCGGCGCUCAUCGAGCAGUACAACAGCAAAAACCAGUGUUCACAUAGACGCACAUUAUUGGAGGUGAUGCUGCGGUUUAUUCAGUCUGUUAAGAGCAGCAAGUCAUCAGAAAACGAGGAGCAUAUGCUCUCUGGUAUCUGCCCGUCGUUGUGCUGCCUCACUUUUGCAGCUCUUUCGGAGACUAACAGCAGCCUGCAGAUCACGGCCACGGCGAUGCUCAUGGCACUGGCGCGACAAAGCGGUUUAUUAGAAAAGGCUCAAAUCGAGCUGGCUGUCGAUCAUUUGGCUCGACUGUUGCUGUCGGAUGAAGACGACGCAGUCAGUCUCGCUGUGGUAUCAUGUGCCGGAGGCUUGGCAGAACUGCACCCGAAUGUUUUUGUCAGCAAUAUGAUCCCGAGGAUGAAGAAAGCCAUCUUUUCAGAGUCAAUGGAGCUAGAGGGAGAGUACAUAAAACAAACGCAGUCUGCAGUGCGCCAGCGCUGUUUGUCCAUGUUGGCGGCAGUUUCCGCCAAGCCCAGUGUGGCGCAGGAGAGCACGUCAGUCCUCUUGGAAGUCCUCGAUGCAGCACAUUCUGGCAAAUUUGGUUUCUCAUUAGAGGAGGCCGUGUUAGCGUGCAUCAGCUUAAAGAAAAUAGCCGAGCUGGUGGAAGACCGCGAAGACUCCGGCCGAUGCUUCCAUGACAUCAUCAUCCCGCGACUGCUUUCACUAGCGCUUCAAGCAGCGCUUAAAGGUGAGAGCUCAUCUACUCACCAGAGUCCUCUCGCAGAGGAGGCGGUCCUUUCCGCCAUGGUCGCUAUCAUCAGCACAGCUUGCUCCAGGCUGCAGCCAACACUGGCGGGCCAGACGGCAGCGAAGCUUGUCUCGCUCUUCCUGGAUGGUGACGUCCUCUUUCUGCCCGGCAACUCUUUCCCGUCACACAUCAAGUUGCUGGCAAAUAAACAGCACGAUGACUCUUGGAAGCUAUCUCAGAUGGUUUGUCUGCUGAUGGCAUGCGUGUGCUCUUUACCUCGCACUGUGUCGGUGCCCCAAUUGGAGCGGCUGCUUUCAGAGCUGGAAGAGAUGAGUUGCACUUGCAGCCACCCGAUGUCAUACAUCUCCGCUGCCAAGUGUUUCGCUGGCCUGGUCAACAAGAUCCCUUUGGGCGACUCUCUUGACAGUCUACUCCAAAAGACAAUGACCAGAAUUUUGAACGAGUUGAACGCAGCAGCUUUAGGUGUUCGCAUGCAGGCAUUCACGCUCUUGAUAUGGGUGGCCAAGGCUCUGCUUCUCCGCUACCACCCAACAUGCACAACACUGACUGACAAGCUCUUCUCGCUGCUGGAUGACGCCGAUCUGGGCUCGGCGGCGGCUGACAGCUUCUCGCUGCUGAUGAGCGACUCCGCCGACGUCCUUAGCCGCCGUUGCCACGCAGAUGUUCGCAUCAUGUACCGCCAACGCUUCUUCAGCGAGAACUCAGCCAAGCUGGUGCAAGGUUUCACCGCGGCUCCUCAAGAGAAGAAACCAAACUACCUGAAGGCUCUGUCCAAUAUUGUCAACAAACUACCCAAGCAGGUUCAAGUUACUGAACUACCAGCGCUGCUGUCACUGUUACUCGAGGCCUUGACGUACCCCGACCAGGGCGUCCAGCUUUCCACGCUGUCCUGUCUGGAGCCUGUCAUUGCUGACCCGCCACCGGCGCUCAUCCAACAGCUUGAAGCUUUAAUGGGCAGAUUGCUGCCCCUCACGUCCGCUCCCACCAUGAAUGUCAAGAUCGCAUCACUGCGGUGUAUCUACGCCCUUUCCCGCUUCCCUGAGCAUGAGGUUUUGCCGUUUCGGGCCCGAGUGCUGCGAGCCUUGGCCAGACCUCUAGAUGAUAAGAAGAGGCUAGUGAGGAAGGAGGCGGUUCAGGCUCGAGGAGAGUGGUUCCUCUUGGGAAGUCCUGGAGGAAGGUGAUUUAUAUUUUUUAGUUUGAAAAAAUCUCUACACAAUAUAGUCAAAGAAUAAAGACACAUGGAGUCCGACAUUCAAAUGAUCUAGAAUUUCCUUCCUACUGAAAUGCGGGUUGGACGUCUGUCUUCAUAAACGCACAAUUGAGUCACACUGACCAACUUCUAGAACGUUACAAUUUAACAUCUAUUUGUAUAUUCAUGUGCCUACAGUUUUUGUCUUUGUUCAAUGUGUGUCCUCUGAAGAAUGUAAUCAAGUGUUUGUAUCGAUUGAACAGGGCCUUAAAGUAUUAUUUAAUAAUUCUACUUUUAAGAUAAAGAUUGUUUAUGUCUCAAAGGACAGCAUUUGAAGUGGAGUUAAUAUACAAACAUAUUAAAUGAGCUGCACAAUAACCUACAUAAGAAAACUGACUCCCAUUUUAUAAUGUGUAAAUAUGUUUUUAGAGUUCAUUUACACUUUUAGGUUUAGACCACGCAAUAUCAAUCAAUCUUUGUUUUAGGACUGGUUGACUUUAAACUUCAUUCAAACCAUGGAAAUGAAUUUAAAAUGGCAAAUAAAACAAUUGUAUUUAUAA